AUGGAAGAUUCAACAAUGCAGGAGCAACAACAGUUUGUCGAAGUAAACGAUGAUUCCAUCAUGAACGAGGCAGCUGAAUCUACAGCGGAACAUGAAGAACAGUCAGAACAACUUAUUGAAGAAAAACAGCCCGAACAACAGGAAGAGCAACCCUUGGAACAACCUGCUGAACAGCCUACUGAGCAACCUGUUGAGCAGCAAACAGAAGCUUCAGUAGAACAGCAAAAUGACCAACCGACUGAACAGCCAAUGGAACCAUUGGUUGAGCAGCCAACUGAGCAAUUUAAUGCAGAAGAGAUGAAGCUUGAUGAACAAUCUAAUCCUCAGUCGACAGAUGAACAAGAGCAACAAGAGCAACAAUUGGAAGAUGAACCAAUGGAAGAAGAUAAAACAGAACCAAAAAAGGAAGAAACUCAACAAGAAGAAGAGACUAUGGCGCCUUUGUUAAGUGCUCCUGCGUCAUGGCAGAUUCCCAUUAGUGCUCUUACUCAAAAAGCAUCAGCGCCUACAGCAUCCUCAAAUACACCUUUUGCUGCAUCUACUACUGCCAGCAAUACUGCUACAGAUCCUCCUAUGAAAAGAGCUGCUCUAAGAAGAGAAAAAUUAGAGGCGCGUAUUAGAGAAUCAAAAUAUAACGUUGAAGCAUGGAAUGCAUUGAUCAAUGAUAUACAACAGACGGGCGAUUUGGAUGCUAUUCGAGACGUCUAUGAACGAUUCUUGAGCGUGUUUCCUACUUCGCCUAAACACUGGCUUGCCUAUCUUGAGUUGGAAUUGAAGUAUUCCAAUUUCAAUGAAGUAGAGGCUUUAUUUACUCGUUGUCUUAAAACUGUGUUGUCUGUUGAUCUCUGGAAAUUUUAUCUUGGUUAUAUCCGUCGCAUAAACCUCAGGGAAAGCGGUUCUGCUGUGACUCCAGAAGCUAGAUCUAUCAUUGAAAAAGCGUAUGAGUAUGUGUUGAGUAACGUUGGUAUUGACAAAGAAGCUGGACCUAUUUGGGCUGAUUACAUCUAUUUCUUAAAGUCUACUGAGACUUCAAAUACUUGGGAAGAACAACGGAAGAUGGAUUCAAUGCGUCGUGCAUAUCAAAAGGCCGUGACGAUUCCUUUAAAUAACGUUGAACAUCUUUGGAAAGAAUAUGAUCAAUGGGAAAAUAGCUUGAACAGAUUGACUGCCAAAAAGUUCUUGGGCGAGAAAUCCUCAGCUUAUAUGACUGCUCGAACAGCUUUGCGUGAAAUGCGAUUAUUGACCGAGGGUAUCAACACAAACGCGGUUGCUUUACCUCCUCAGUGGACAGAAUCAGAGAUUCAUCAAUUAGAGCUGUGGAAGAAGUAUAUUGAUUGGGAAAAAAGUGACCCUCUUCGUCUAGAGGACAAUGCUGCUGUGUUGGAACGUGUAGCAUACGCCUAUCAACAAGCUUUUCUUGUUUUACGAUUCUAUCCUGAACUUUGGCAUGAUUUUGCAUCUUACUAUCUCGAGCAGGACAAGACAGAUAAGGCUGCGGCUAUUUACAAGCAGGCAAUUGAAGUCAUGCCUUCGAGUCUCUUGCUGAACUUUUCUUUUGCCGAGCUUUGUGAGUCAAGAAAGCAAAUAGACGAGGCACGUCAAGUGUACAAUGAUCUUGUGGAUAGAUUAGAAAAGGAACAUGAAGAACUUAAGCAGACCGCUCAAAAGGAGAUAAAUAAACUUCAGCAAGAAGCCGAAGAAGAACGUACUGCAAUGAACUUGUCUGACGAUAUCGACGGUGAAGUCAGAGAGCAGCUACGUAUUCGAGAAAAGAAUGUAAAGAAGAAGCAGAGUGAAGUCGAAGCCAAGAUGAACGAAGAAGUCAAUGUGAUCGCCCGCGCUGGAUCUUUGGUUUGGAUCUGUUAUAUGCGAUUCGCCCGUCGAACUGAGGGUAUCACAAGUGCUCGUGCUUUGUUUUCUAGAGCGCGCAAAUCUAGCAACUGCACCUACCAUGUCUAUGUUGCGAAUGCUCUUAUGGAAUAUCAUAACUCAAAGAAGGCUGACGUUGCCGGCAAAGUGUUUAGUUUGGGACAAAAGUCGUUUGGAGACAACCCCGACUUUGUCUGUCAACAUUUGGAUUUCUUGAUUCAGAUGAAUGACGACAACAACACACGUGCCUUGUUUGAGCGUACUUUAGCAACGAUGCCACUUGAAAAAGCAAUGCCCAUCUGGCUCAAGUUCUUGGACUAUGAAAACAAGUAUGGAGACUUUGCCAGUGUUCAAAAUGUUGAAAAGCGAAGAUUAGAAGCCAUGGGAUCGAGCACGUCGUCUAUAGAAUCCUUUUUGAUCAGACAUAGCUAUUUGGACAUUCAUAACAUUGAAGAGUACGAGUUGGGCGGUUUGAAGGUCCAUAAGCCUGCUGUCGUAGAAGCACCUCCAGCUGCAACGGCCCCUGCUGAGUCGCCUACUGCAACUAUUCCUCUUGAGGCACUCCCUGUUCAACCUACGAUUGUGAACAGCGAUCGAACAAAAGAGAAGAGACCGCUUCUGGAACCUGUCCAUCCUGAGCGAUAUCCCCGUCCGGAUUUAGGCCAAUGGCAAAACUUCAAGCCAGCUGCUGACGGAAAUCGUCGUGUGAACAAUGUGCCCAUUCCUCUACCCACGAUCCCUUCCAUGGCUGGUACGAUACCUGAUGUAUCAAAGAAGAUGGAUAUUCCCUUACAGCAGCAAGCGUCUCCUGUACAGCCUCCUGUGAAUACGCCUCAACAACAGCAGAAGCAACAAGCCAUGCCUUCGUGGACACCUCCUGUACAACAACAGCGAACUCCCCUCCCAGACGCUGUAAAUUAUUUUGUAUCAAAUCUCCCGCCUGCACAUACAUUUGAUGGUCCUGUUAUUCAAGCUGGUGAACUGGUUGAUUUAUUACGCAAUAUUAUUUUGCCUUUGCCACCUCAAGGCACAAUGGCAUCACAGCGUAAUCUAUCACAGCCUCCGAUGAGAAACGCUCCUAUGCCUCCUUCAAGAGACACAGGGAGAGGAAAUUAUGGGUAUGCUCGACAACGUACAGGAGGCGGAGGAAAGUCUAGAACGGGAGGUAACAUGGGAAGAGCUGGUGGAGGUGGUAAAAAGCGAAGAGGAAGAGAUGAUUAUGAUGAUGACUAUCAAGGACAAAAAGGUGUUGGGCCUAAUAGACCACCCGAGUUUGAUUUAUUUAGACAAAGACAAGUAAAAAGACACAGAGACGAUCCUAAUUACUAA